CAUGUUUUGACAAGUAAACAUGGCGGACGAGGAUCCAAACGCGAAAGUUGCAUGCGAAGACGUUCCUGCAAAAGAAGAAGAACCAGAGGCUACGGAACCUGGGCAAAAUGAUGUGGUCAACGAUACCGACGAGGUCCAGAAGGACAAACGGGCAGACAGCUCUUGGUCGGCGCCGAUUUUGUCGUUUGCUCGUAAAGCGACGGAGACGCUGAGCAGUGGAGUGAAUCACUACAGCGCGGGGUUAAAGGGAUCGGACACAUCACAACACACCUCUGACACCUCAGAUCCCCUAAAAACAGCAGCUGUGAAGGAUCCCAUGGUGGUGGAGAGGUCAAACCUCCUCAGCAUGAUGAAGCUCAGCAUUAAGGUUCUGAUCCAGUCCUCCCUCAGUCUCGGUCGCACGCUGGACUCUGAAUAUCCACCUCUGCAGCAGUUCUUUGUUGUUCUGGAGCACUGCCUAAAACAUGGGUUAAAAGUGAAGAAGACUUUCAUUGGUCAGAACAAGUCUAUCUGGGCUCCUCUGGAGUUGAUGGAGAAACUGUGCCCUGAGUCAGCUGACAUUUCCACCAGUGUGCGGGAUAUGCCUGGAAUCAAGACAGGCCUCGGGCGAGCUCGAGCAUGGCUGCAUCUGGCUCUAAUGCAGAAAAAAAUCGCAGACUACAUGAAAGAGCUUAUAAAUAGAAGAGACCUUCUUGGGGAGUUUUAUGAGCCCGGGGCUCUUAUAAUGGAGGAGGAGGGGGCUGUGGUUGUAGGGAUGCUGGUGGGUCUGAAUGUGAUCGAUGCCAAUCUGUGUGUGAAAGGAGAGGAUCUGGAUUCCCAGGUGGGCGUCCUUGACUUCUCAAUGUAUCUAAAGGAUCCUCAAGCAACUGAGACCACACAAGAUGAUUCAAAAAUGACAGCCAUUCUUGACCAGAAACACUACAUAGAAGAACUGAACCGGCAUCUGAGCUGCACAGUGACGGAUCUUCAGGCCAAGAUGGACUCGCUGGAGAAGACCAACAGCAAACUCAUCGAGAAGCUUACAGCAGCCACAGACAGAAUCAACGCUCUACGUGAAGAGCAGGAACAACUUAAACAAGAAAAUGCAAAUAUUCUCCAAACUAGUCAGAGGAAAGAGGAGGUGACUCUGCAAGAUAGCCAGUUAGAGCUAGAAACAUAUCGACAGACACGGCAGGGUUUGGAUGAAAUGUACAGUGUAGUUUGGAAGCAGUACAAGGAGGAGAAAAGAAUCCGGCAGGAGCUGCAAAAGGAGCUGGAGCUGCAGAUCGGUUUGAAGCAGGAAAUGGAGGUUGCCAUGAAACUCCUGGAAAAGGACACUCAUGAGAAACAAGACACGCUGUUCACACUGCGACAACAACUAGAUCAAGUCAAGAAUCUCAACUUACAGAUGUUCAACAAAGCACAGGAGUCUGACCGAGUGGCCCAGAAAAAAGAGGAGGACAUGCAACAACUGGAAAAGAAGAUGAUACAGAUGGAAGCAGCUAUGAAGCAACUAGAGCAGAGGCUUCAAAAUUCUGAAAAUGUGUGCAAAAACACGGAUGAAAGCCAGAAUGAGCUGAGAUCGGAGAUGAAAGGGAAAGUGAAUGCUCUGCAGAAGCGUCUCACUGACCUCGACACACUCAGGUAGUGUAUAUCAGGCUUCUAGAAAGCGCUAACUUUGCUGUCACAGAUACUUUGAAGGGGUAAUACAACCAAAAAUGAAAAUGUUGUCAUCAGUUCUCAU